CCGCCCCGCCCGGGCCUCCGCCGGCCGCCGCCAUCGGCCACCCCGGCUGUGAAUGAAAGGCCGGCGCCGCCGGGGGCUGGCUGCAGGCGACGCGGCCUCCCGGGAGGCACUCGCCCCGCCAAGAUGUACGGUGUAUGUGGCUGCUGUGGUGCCCUGCGCCCCAGGUACAAAAGGCUGGUGGACAGCAUCUUCCCUGAGGAUCCCGAGGAUGGCCUGGUGAAGACCAACAUGGAGAAGCUGACCUUCUACGCCCUGUCAGCUCCAGAAAAGCUCGAUCGCAUUGGCGCCUACCUCUCUGAGAGGCUCAUCCGUGAUGUGGGUCGUCAUCGAUAUGGGUACGUGUGCAUCGCCAUGGAGGCGCUGGACCAGCUGCUCAUGGCCUGUCACUGCCAGAGCAUCAACCUCUUCGUGGAGAGUUUCCUCAAGAUGGUGGCCAAGCUGCUUGAGUCUGAGAAGCCCAACCUGCAGAUCCUUGGCACCAACUCGUUUGUGAAGUUUGCCAACAUAGAGGAGGACACCCCAUCCUACCAUCGGAGCUACGAUUUCUUCGUGUCUCGCUUCAGUGAAAUGUGCCACUCUGGCCAUGAAGACUUGGAGAUCAAGACUAAAAUCCGAAUGUCAGGUAUCAAAGGUCUACAAGGGGUGGUGAGGAAGACCGUGAAUGAUGAACUGCAGGCCAAUAUCUGGGACCCGCAGCACAUGGACAAGAUCGUCCCAUCCCUGCUUUUCAAUCUGCAACACGUGGAGGAGGCGGAGAGCCGGUCCCCCUCCCCCCUCCAAGCACCAGAGAAGGAGAAGGAGAACCCUGCAGAGCUGGCUGAGAGGUGCCUUCGGGAACUGCUGGGCCGGGCUGCCUUUGGCAACAUCAAAAACGCCAUCAAGCCUGUUCUCGUCCAUCUGGAUAACCAUUCUCUUUGGGAACCCAAGGUGUUCGCCAUCCGUUGCUUUAAAAUCAUCAUGUACUCAAUUCAGCCGCAGCACUCCCACCUGGUUAUCCAGCAGCUCCUGAGCCACCUGGAUGCCAACAGCCGCAGCGCGGCCACGGUGCGGGCGGGCAUCGUGGAGGUCCUGUCGGAAGCUGCUGUCAUCGCCGCCACGGGCUCUGUGGGGCCCACGGUGCUGGAGAUGUUCAACACUCUGCUGAGGCAGCUGCGGCUCAGCAUCGACUACGCUUUGACCGGGAGCUACGAUGGGGCCAUAAGCCUUGGCACCAAGAUCAUCAAGGAGCACGAAGAGCGCAUGUUCCAGGAGGCGGUCAUCAAGACCAUAGGCUCCUUUGCCAGCACGUUGCCUACUUACCAGCGCUCCGAGGUGAUCCUCUUCAUCAUGAGCAAGGUUCCACUGCCUUCCCUGCAUCACCCCAUGGAGAUGGGGAGGACCGGGGAGAACAGGAACCGACUGACCCAGAUUAUGCUGCUGAAAUCCCUCCUUCAGGUAUCCACCGGCUUCCAGUGCAACAACAUGAUGUCAGCUCUGCCCAGCAACUUCCUUGACCGCCUUCUCUCCACCGCCCUCAUGGAGGACGCAGAGAUCCGUCUCUUCGUUCUAGAGAUUCUCAUCAGUUUCAUUGAUCGUCAUGGCAACCGUCACAAGUUCUCCACCAUCAGUACCCUCAGCGACAUCUCUGUCCUGAAGCUGAAAGUGGACAAGUGCUCCCGGCAGGACACCAUCUUCAUGAAGAAGCACUCCCAGCAGCUCUACAGACACAUCUACCUGAGCUGUAAGGAGGAAACGAACAUACAGAAGCACUACGAGGCGCUCUACGGCCUGCUGGCGCUCAUCAGCAUUGAGCUGGCCAACGAGGAGGUGGUGGUAGACCUCAUCCGCCUGGUGCUGGCUGUCCAGGACGUGGCCCAGGUCAAUGAAGAGAACUUGCCUGUUUACAACCGCUGUGCCCUCUACGCGCUGGGUGCCGCCUACCUGAACCUCAUCAGCCAACUCACGACAGUGCCUGCCUUCUGCCAGCACAUCCGUGAGGUGAUAGAGAGCAGGAAGAAAGAGGCUCCGUACAUGCUCCCUGAGGACGUGUUUGUGGAGAGGCCCAGGCUGUCUCAAAACGUCGAUGGAGUGGUGAUUGAGCUUCUCUUCCGCCAGAGCAACAUCAGUGAGGUCCUGGGGGGCAGUGGUUACAAUGCAGACAGGCUCUGCCUGCCCUACGUCCCUCAGCUGACAGAUGAGGAUCGCUUAUCCAAGAGGAAGAGCAUUGGAGAAACCAUUUCCCUGCAGGUGGAGGUAGAAUCGAGGAACAGCCCAGAGAAGGAGGAGCGCGUGCCUGCCGAGGAGAUCACCUAUGAGACGCUGAAGAAGGCCAUUGUGGACAGCGUGGCCGUCGAGGAGCAGGAACGUGAACGGCGGCGACAGGUGGUGGAGAAGUUCCAGAAGGCGCCCUUUGAGGAGAUUGCAGCGCACUGCGGGGCCCGGGCAUCACUGCUGCAGAGCAAACUCAAUCAGAUCUUUGAAAUCACCAUCCGGCCCCCACCAAGCCCAUCAGGAACCAUCACUGCAGCCUAUGGCCAGCCUCAGAGCCACUCCAUCCCCGUCUAUGAGAUGAAGUUUCCCGAUCUGUGCGUAUACUGAAUUCCAAGACACAGCUUCUCGGAGGGGUGGGGCCUGAGGGAGGGGCUCGCCUUCACGCCCACCCCGACGCCAUGGAGAUCUAACUGGGAUCUCGGAGAAAAAGCACCUUGGACAGCUAAGCAAGGUGGAGCCCUGGGCCCCCCUGCCCCCCUCUCGGCCUCCCUGCUUCCUCUUUGUCUUCCCUGAGGGAGAUCUGGCCACGCUGGGGCCAAUAAGCAUCCUACCUGUGCCCUUUAUCUCCUCUUCUGUGUCAUCCUGGGGUCAGGAGUCAUUGGGGGUCUCCAGAGAGAGGCUGAGGUCCCAGGAAACUCCUGCUUAGUGUAGUAAGUGAAGGGCUUUCAUGGGGGUGGGUGUGCAGCUGCCAUUCCCCCAGGAGGGAACUAGAGAGACACAGUUGGUCAAAGGAAGCCAUAGACUGCAAUCAGGAGGAGGCAAGGCCAGCUCCUCCCGUAAAGCAGUGGCCUGUGAGAGCUGGAAGAUGGGGCGCUGAUCUCCUCCAGAGUGUCCCCUCCUCCUUCCCCAUGUGAGGGUCCAAAGGCCUUCAAGUGUCUGGUGUCUUUUCCACUCCCCUGCUCACCCUGCCAGUUGCCUCUUCGUGAAUUGUUUCUAUUGUUAAUUAAUACUGAGCUUGUAUAACGGAAGCUGGGGUAGAGACACCGUGGGGGGCAGCAGGCCGCUGACAGAGGGAGCCCGUGUCCCCAGGCUGGCCGGCUGGGCCAGGGAGCAGAAGCACGGGCCGGCCUCCUGUCCAGGAGCAGCAG